AUGAGUACGGUCGCUAAACGGAACGCAAGCGCGCCCCUAGCGGUGAAAUCACGCAACUACGGGGCCGGUGCGCUUCGACAGAGUCGUGAGGCGACACUUUUUGGUGGACGCCGACAAGUGAAGACGCGUCACGGAACUGUCCUUCGUUUCAUUAACACACGAGGGCGUGUGUCAUGCAGGAUGGCCGUGUCGUAUCCGGGCAUGAGUACGGUCGCUAAACGGAACGCAAGCGCGCCCCUAGCGGUGAAAUCACGCAACUACGGGGCCGGUGCGCUUCGACAGAGUCGUGAGGCGACACUUUUUGGUGGACGCCGACAAGUGAAGACGCGUCACGGAACUGUCCUUCGUUUCGUCAGUGUUACCAUACUGUGU